AUGUCUGAACCAGAUGCAGGAGCAAGAGGUUCAGAUGGUUGGUGGGCUAAUUUGUCCAAUUCUAAUGAUAAUUAUCUAUUGAAAUCCAAUUCUGAGAAUUCGGCUGGUGGUGAAAAUGAGGGGAAUGAUCAAUUAGGGAAGGAGAAAGAAAUGAUAGAGAGGGAAGAGCAAAGAGAACCAGAGGGAGAGCUGACGGCUGCUCCGGGAAAGAAGAUUCUAGCUAAGAAGCGAGGAAGCCGAGUCGGUGGCAGUAGUAUCAAAAGGCAUAACGGGAAGGCUAAUAAGGGAAAGGGAAAAACGAGAAGUGAUGAGGUGAUGAAACAAGGACGACGGGACUGUAUUUCUGAGGAUGAUCAUGAGCUGCAUAUAUACACUGAAAGAGAAAGGAGGAAGAAGAUGAGGAACAUGUUUUCUAGCCUUCAUGCUUUGCUUCCGCAACUUCCUUCCAAGGCUGACAAAUCCACAAUCGUUGAUGAGGCAGUCAGCUACAUAAAAAGGCUUGAAAUCACUCUUCAAUCCUUACAACAACAAAAGAGGGAGAGGAUGCGAAGUCUGCCAAACACUGCAAUCAACUACAACCUCACAUCGGUACUUAUGAACUCAAACGAUGUAGCCUAUGACUCUAGAGAAACCUUCAUAACUUCCCAUGCUUUGUCCAAUAACCUGGCAGCUGCUUCUACUACCACUGCAAAUGGAUUCAACAUCAAUCUUGAUUUCAAUCCUUUAAACAGUACACUCUCAACCAACUCACUUUCUACUGAACCUGUAGUGUUUGAAACGUGGACUUCACCCAACGUCGUGUUGAACAUGUGUCAAAAUGGAGCACAAAUUAGUGUUUGCACCCCAAAGAAGCCUGGUAUAUUUUCCCAGAUUUGCUAUAUUUUGGAGAAGUACAAGCUUGUGGUGAUAACAGCUAAUGUUAGCUCAGACUCUCAUCACAGUAUGUACAUGAUUCAGGCAAAGGCAAUCAGCGCUCUUGAUAAUCAGCUUCUGGAGAUGUUUCCAGCACCAGAAAUAUUCAAGCAAGCCGUGACUGAGAUAAAUUUGUGUGUCGUCUCCAAUAUUUAA